GCGCUAACCAGCUAGAGUUCCGCAUCGCCAAACCGGCCAUUUCUAAAACUGAUGCGAAAUGUUUUUAUGCGUGAGAAAUACCGACGCAAAGCAACACGAUCGGCCGUCUUCUGCCAUGCGGUUGGCCAGCAUUCAUGCGUUGUUCGCGGACAAUUGAGAAAGACGGGAGAACUGAAUCAACCGACUCUUGUGAACGACAUCACGCCGUUUCUUGUUUUCCCGUAUCCGCCACUGCCAAUGUCAUUGACAUUUUUGCGCUGCAAGCGCGAAGAGAGGAAAGAUUUAAACAGCCAGCACACCAGUUUUUGAUACCGCUGCAUAAGCGCAGGAAAGUGUUAUUGUGUCUCUACGUGUGUACAUAUGACACACGUAUCAUAUAGUACGACAUCAGAGACUUUACACACAAAAUGGGCAGAGAAGACCGAAUCGAAGAAAUGGAGAGAACUGAAAUUCUGAAAGCGCCGUUCCUCUUCUCGUCGCGGUUUGCACUGGCGCUGGCUGCCUUCUUCGGCUUCGUCGUACUCUACAUUCAGCGCUUUAACAUGAGCGUCGCUAUCGUCUGCAUGGUGAACAACACGGCCGUGAGGGCAGAGGCCGGAAUCGACGCUGACGGCGAUCUAGAAGGCGAGACUGGCGACCGCUGUCUGGCGACAGUCACGCUAUCUAACGACACGACUGACGACGAGACGGGAGAGUUUGUAUGGAGCAAACCUACACAGGGUAUCGUCUUGAGCGCCUUCUUCUGGGGUUAUUUGCUAACACAGCUACCUGGUGGUUGGCUGGCGACAUACCUUGGUGGCAAACGGGUGUACGGAUACGGUCAGAUGCUCGCCUCUGUCAUGGCGCUUCUAGCUCCGGUAGCUUCCCGCUAUAGCUACAAGGCGCUGCUUGUAGUUCGUUUCAUACAAGGCAUUGGACAGGGAGUGGUCUUCCCAGCGAUGCACGCAUUCUGGGGGACUUGGGCACAUCCAUACGAGAGAAGCAAACUUGUGAAUUUUACGAUAGCAGGGUCACAAAUUGGAAACAUAAUAGUUUUUCCACUGUCUGCUCGCCUGUGCGACAAAAUUGGCUGGUAUUCCAUCUUUUACAUUUGUGGUUCAUUUGGGAUUCUGUGGUUUAUCGGGUGGAUGUUCGUUGUUUAUGACAGCCCGGCAGUUCAUCCUCGUAUAACUGAGCGUGAGCGAGAAUAUAUAGAAAGCGCUAUUAAAGGAAACGUGCGCGAGGAAGAUAUGCCGAUUCCGUGGCGCCAUCUGCUUACCUCGCUGCCAGUCUGGGCCAUCGUUGCUGCACACUUCUCCAUGGGUUGGGGAUUCUAUACAUUGGCGACCAAUUUACCAACUUUUUUGAAAGAGAUACUUCGUUUCGACAUAACAAGUAUCCACUAA